UGGUACCACAAAAGGUUGUUCUGCUUAAUUAAAAAUUAGGUGCUCAUUUUUUGCUACCAUUAAGAAUUUACGAGAGUUCAUUGCUACCAAAGAGAAUUUCCCAAAAAAAAAGUCAAGUAGUCAACUCAUCCCAAACCCGUUUCCACGUACCAACUCCCCGCUAACCCCCAAUUCCAGACAGAACAUUCCGGCAGUAAGAGGUUCCGCCGGAGUAGCUGAGAAAGAAAGAGAGAGAAAGAGAGACGAUGCAGAAUUGUAGCUAUAAUCGUCGAAAGGUAAGCUGGUCUGAUCUCCCCCAAACAUUGCUUCAAUGUAUCGUCAAAUUCCUGGGAAAUGAUGUGGAUUCCUUGCGCCGUUUCCGAUCAGUCUGCAAAAAUUGGCGCCAAUCAACUGCUUAUUCUGUGCCCCCUUCAGUCAACAACAAUGGGUUUUCUUCCUCCGUCAUCCUCCUCCGCCCCCGUGGUGACUCAGCCGCUAACUCCACCCCAUGGAUGGUGUUUUCCGUCAAUAUCGCCCAAGGUAAUACCCUCUUUUUCCACCCUUUCUCCGGUACCCCUCUAGUUAAUCUUCCCCCAACCCUCAAUUUCUCUCAAUUUCACGCCUCCUAUAUCUCCGACCCCGCCGCCUACCAUAAGGCUGAUAUUAGCGGCGUGGUUGAUAAUUUGUCGGCUCUUUUCAGCCAUGAGAAUUUACAGCGAGGUUCUAAAUCUCGACUCUCGAAAAGGGUUGAAUGUGGGGAUGAACAAACUGAUGACAUUGUAAAAUUUAGGUGGUUUAUUUACUCCGUAGACAGGAAAGGAAACAUAUAUUUCAUUUCUUCAACAAAGAACUUUCCAGUUUCGAAAACACUGUGUUCUACUGCUAGUAAUGAAGGGGAAUUACAUGAAGUGGGAUAUAGAAAGCGCCUUGUGACAACUUCUUCAACAUCACCUAAUGGGAAACUGUAUUUGGUUGCAAGGGAGAAGAACAUGUUAAAGAUAUUCGAGUGUAACAAUGGGAGGUCAAGACGGACAUGGAGCUUUUUCCAGAUUCUUAGCUUUGGGGGUAAAAGUGGCCAUGGAUUAGUGCUGUUUGCCACUAGAGAUUACAGUUUCUUUGUUCCGACUGAACAAUUUCCUGGUUCUCGAUUAAAGGAUUGUAUUGUUUUCACCCAUGAUGCUUUCCCUCCUUAUUCCGGUGUUGUUGAUUUGGUGAUCCCUAAAGUUAGUGGAGGGAUUUAUAUUUGCAAGAUUGGAAGAAAUACACAUUCUUUCAUACCGAUUUGUUCUUACCCGGGAUUCCCUCUCCAUCUUUGCUCACCUCCAUCUUGGGUUUUUGAGUUCCCCAAGUCUCAAUCCCAUAGGGUGGCUGACAGCUGUAACAAGGAAAAGAAUGGAGAGAAGCAACCUGUUCAAAGCUGUCAAGAUGGUGAAUCUCUGCUAGAUAGUACACAGCAUGAGUGUGCACCCCCACUUCCAGUCAUUAUGGCCGGAAAGCCUGCUUCCUCUCCUUGCAACCUCACCACACCAUCCCACAACUCCCUUGAAACAGAGGAUUCAAUCAUCAAGUGCAAGCCCGACUCCCAACCUUCCAAUUCGUCUAAAAUAAAGAAAUUGAAACUGCUGCAGAUUUGUACUCACCAGAAGGUAAUCUGGUCAGAUCUCCCUCAACCAUUGCUUCAGUCUAUCAUCAAAUUCCUGGGAAAUGAUGUUAACAGCUUGCGCAGUUUCCGAUCAGUCUGCAAGAAAUGGCGGAAAUCAACCGCUUUUUCUGUGUCCACUUCCAUCAACAACACGUGCUUCUCUUCUUCAAUCAUUCUCCUCCGCCCCCGCGGUGUCUCUGGCUCUAGUUGUACGCCGUGGAUGGUGUUUUCCGUCAAGAUGUCUGAAGGUACUAAUCUCUUUUUCCACCCUUUCUUUGGUACUCCUCUCAUUAAUAUCCCCCAAAACCUCGAUUUAUCUCAAUUUCACACUUCCCAGAUCUUCGUAGCCAAGCAUAAGCUUGUUAUCAGCAAUAUUAAUAGCCUUUCACCACUUUUCAGCGUUGAGAGUUUGAUGUGGUUAUACAGAAUUUAUGAUUACGAGUCCAAAGGGAUUAAAUAUUUAUCUAUGAUAAAAGGUGAAUGUUGGGAUGAACAAACUGAUGAUAUUGUUGAUUUUAGGCGGUCGAUUUGUUCAAUCGACCGCAAAGGAAACAUAUACCACUUGUAUUCAAGUACGAAAUUUCCAGUUUCUAAAACACUCCAUUGUGCUGCUGCCUGUUACGAGAUGGAAUUACAUGAAAUUAGUUAUCGUAAGCGCCUUGUCACAUCUCCAUCAUGUUUUAAGAAUUUGUAUUUGGUUGCGAGGAAGAAGGAAACAUUCAAGGUUUACCAGUUAUCUAUGCAAUGUUGGUUAUCAAAGUCAUGGAACUGUGUUGAGGUUCAGAGCUUUGGGAAUAAAGAUGGUGGUCUGGUGCUGUUUGUCACCAGAGAUUACAUUUUCUUUGCUUCUGCUGAAGAAUUCCCUGGUUGUCAGUUAAGGAAUUGCAUUGUUUUCACCCAUGAUGCUUUCCCUUCUUAUUCUGGUGUUGAUUUUGAGAUCCCUAAAGAUAAGGGAGGGAUUUACUUAUACCAGCUUGGAGGAAAUUCUCAUGCUUUCAUGCCCAUUUCAUCUUACCCGGGUUUCCCUCUUCAUCUUUGCUCACCUCCUUCUUGGGUUUUUCAGGUCCCUCCCUCACAAUCCCAUAGGGUGGCUGACAAGGAAAAGAAUGAAGAGAAGCAACCUGUCCAAAGCUGUGAAGAUGGUGCAUCUCUGCAAGAGCGUACUCAGCAUGAGUGUGCGCCCCCAUUUGAACCUGAACCUGAGACACAGAUCUCUGAGAUUUCUGCUGUUUCAGCAGAUGAAAAGAACACUACAGGAUCCCCUACCAUGAAUGCUAUAAAUCAUUUAGCUGAUGAAGAUCCAGAGAUUUCGAGGGAGGAUAUCUUACACUCCGUAUCCAGGGCUUACAUAACCUCUGCAAACCAAAGCAACAGAAGUGAUAGUUCAACAAUCAAAUUUGAAGGACUUGAUAUAAAGCCUAGUCUAGUCCCAACAUUGCAAAAGAUUUGGUCAAAGCACGGGAACAUCAUAGAAGAUAGUGUGAUGUGUAAUGGUGAUAUGAUUGCUAGAGCGCUAGAGUCACUUGCUACCAUGGUACUCAUUCUCGAGGGUAACUCAGUCAGGUCUUUGAGUGAUUGCCAAGUUGAUUAUCUGAGCUCUGCAUUGUCUGACUUGAAAUGCAUGCGCUUUAAAGUCGACUGGUUAAUUCCUUGUGUUGAGAAGGCAGUAGGACUGUACAAAAGCAAGCCCGUGAUAGAAACCUUAAACAAGCUCAGCCAGUUAGAAGACCAAGCCAAGGAACGCAGAUCAAACCUCCUUGCGGAAUUAGAUAAACUUGAUGGGAUACAAAAAGAACUGAAAGAAGACAAGGCAAAUCUAUCCAAGAUGAUUUCUUUUUCUGGAGAAGUGGAUAUGGACUUGGACAUACCUUUAGGAGGGGGAUUGUCAUAAAUUGAAUGAUUGUGGGUUCUAAAUCACCUAAGGGGAUGUUUGGUAUGACGUUUUUUUGGUCUGGAAACGGAUUUAAGUAACCGAUACCGUUACUGAAUGUUUGGUUAGAGGUAUGGAGUAAGAAUUACCAUUACCUGUGGGUAACCUAUUUCUCCCCUAAGUUACUGGUCAAACUCCAAAGGUAACCGUUACCUUUCCUUUCUCCUAACAACACAACAGCACAACUCCUCUCUCGUUUCUUCGGUGGUGUUCUUCUUCGUCUUCUUAGGUAAUGAUUGCAACCUCCGUCUCUAUCUAUCCUCUCUUUCCCAGAUGAUGUUGUUUUGAUUCUUUCAUCUGUUUCAAGUUGAAAUUCAUUGUUCUUCGAUUUUUUCUGUACUAUUUUGGCUUUAUUUUGUUGAAUUUAUGUUUUUUAUUGUCGAAUUUGUGCUUAGAUUGUCGAAUUUGUGCUAUAAUUAGGGUUUCAUUGAUUUUCGAUUUUUUCUGUACUAUUUUGAUUUGUAACUUACGGUUCAUGAUUCUUCUUUGUUAGUGUUUGUUGAAUUUUCUCCUUAA